AUGCCUUUGCGCACUCGACAUUCUCAAGCCGGUACGACUGAAAUCGCCGAACCAGAUGAGGAACCGAGCGGCCUCCGCCGCCUGAAGUUCAAGCAGCCACUAUCAUGGCGGGCCGGUCGAGCGAUUACCGUUGCAGACCUGCUGGAGAGACUAGAGUCGCUUGCGCUUGAGCUACGGCAGCUAGAUCAGGAAGAGACGGAUAAGGAUUCGCUGAGGAAGGUUUCACAGGAGCUGGCGAGCCUGCAUUUGCUGGGUCAUAGGGAUAGGGGCGUGCGGGCGUGGACUGCAUGCUGUGUCGUGGAUAUUUUGCGUCUGUGCGCACCGAAUGCGCCGUUUACGGGGAAUCAGCUGAAGGAUAUAUUUACGACAAUUGUCACAUCGAUAAUUCCCGCCCUCGCUGACCCAUCGAAUGCCUACAAUGAACAACAUGUAUACGUUCUUUCGUCCCUCGCAGAUGUCAAGAGCAUCGUCCUUCUGACAGACCUGGAUGCUCCCGACACUCUGAUUCUCCCUCUCUUUUCAUCGUGCUUCGAUAUCGUGUCAGGUUCAUCGAAGUCUUCGACGGGCGAGGAACUAGCAAAAAACGUGGAAUAUGAUAUGACACGACUGCUUGUUCCUAUUAUCGAUGAAUCUUCUGUCCUUGCACCGGAAAUCAUCGACGUUAUCAUUGCGCAAUUUCUGCGCGUCGAUCCCCGGAUCGUAGAGAAUCCAAGCGGUAGCAAAAGCAAGAAGAAUGGGGCGCCUCUCGAUGCAAAACAAGGAACGUUGCUCCUGAAAGAAUAUCCUCCCGCCUACAACAUGGCCAAGGCCAUAUGCAACGCUUGUCCCGACAAGAUGACCAGCUACGUCAGCCAGUAUUUCAACAACGUGAUUAUUGAUGCCUCAGGUCCUCCAGGGAUGAAUGGGCUUUCAAAAAACUCAUCCCAUCGUCGCCCAAGCAUUGAUGAUUCAGAUGACGAGUCUGAAAAUAUCAAAGAACUAAGCAAAGCCCACCGGCUUAUACGAGAGGUCUGGCGUGCCUCUCCGGAUGUGCUGCAAAAUGUGAUUCCGCAGCUUGAGGCGGAACUGUCUGCUGAAUCUGUAUCACUACGACUCCUGGCUACGCAAACAAUCGGCGACGUUGUUGCUGGAAUUGGCGUCGCGGGUCCUCCGACACCGCCGUCUAUGGACCCGGAUGCUUACCCGCCCGCAAAGUUGACUGACCAUUCAGAGACGCAGCCAAACGCGUUACUUACGCCGCUCUCCCCCAAGCCAUUUUCACAGGCCCAUUCUACUGCAUACCAAAGUUUUCUCAGUCGACGUCAAGAUAAAUCUGCAUCUGUACGGGCUGCCUGGGUUACGGGAAUUGGUCGAAUCUUACUUACGGCAGCCGGGGGUUCUGGGUUGAGCACCAACGAAGAACAAGAUCUCGUUCAGAGCCUUGCGAAAUUACUUGGAGAUGCUGAUGAAAAGGUCAGAACUGCCGCAGUGGACGUCAUUGGAAUGUUUGGCUUCUCAGACGCUGUAAAGAAACUUGGCAUCGACGGUGGAAUCUCUGAUAAGGGAUCCCUGUUUUCAAUUCUGGCCGAGCGCGUUAAGGAUCGAAAACAAACUGUCCGUGAGAAGGCAAUGACUACUCUCGCACGUUUGUGGGGGGUUGCAUCUGGGGAAAUUGAGGAGAACAAUAAGCAAGUGGUGAUGAUCCUAAAGGAUAUUCCCUCCAGAAUAUUCGACGCUUAUUACACAAAUAAUCUUGACGUUCAUGCUCUUCUCGACCAUGUUAUAUUUGAGCUACUUCUACCACUGAAUUAUCCUCCUCUGAAGUCAAAAGCUUUAAAGGGGGAUUCGAGCCAGUUACGAAAAUUGAAAAACGCAACUCAUGAGGGCGAGGGUAACACCGAAAUCGAUAUUGAAAUGAUACGCGUCCGGCGAAUUCUUACACUGGUUAAGGGACUCGAUGAGCGGGCGAAGAAAGUGUUUUUCGCGCUACAAGGCCGUCAACUGACCAUGAGAAAGUUUAUGACUUUCUAUUUGGCGGCCUGUGAGGAAUACAACGGUGGCGUAAUGGAUGACGACGAGGAAGUUACGAAAGCGAAAUUAACCAAAGUCAUCGAUAACUUGGCCAAAACGCUUCCAGACCACUCCAAAGCUUCAGCGGAUCUCUGGAAAUUUGCAAAAAUGCAUGACAGACGGAAUUACCAGCUUAUUCGUUUUGCCAUGGCUGCCGUCAGUGACUUCCGGACAGUUUCCAAGGCCAUCAGGGAAAUGUCUAAGCGGAUCCAAGGAAACACAUCUGCUCCUGCUAGUUUGCUUGAGACGUUGACUUCUUUGGUCUAUCGAAGUAGUUCUUUGAUUUUCAAUCGGAGCCAUAUUCCUGCGAUUAUGGAUUUAUCUAGGAAUGACGACCUCGGACUAGGAAAUGCAGCACAUGAGAUGUUGAAAGAAACUUCAUCUCAGAACCCAGAGGUUCUCGAAGCACACGUCCAGGAUAUGUGUAAAGACCUGGAAGCUCAUGCCCCAAGCGCAAAGCAAUCCGACGAGGCUGGCGUGGAGGAGAUAUUGAAAGCAUGCGCUGGGUUCGCGAAAAAAUUGCCCGCCAAAAUUCCCACAGAGCGGAAAUUUUUAGUAGCUCUUACCAAUUACGCGCUGUACAGCUCGUCACCCAAGGCCGCGAAACAUGCCGUCUCGAUAAUGAUGGCCACAUCGGAUAAGAAGCAAAUGUAUGCCAAAGAACUUAUAAGAAAGUCUGUUCAGAACUGUACACAUCAGUCGCCACACUUUCUUACGAAACUUGCGACGAUAUCCCAAAUAAAUCUCCUCGCGCCCGAGGUUGCUGAUGACGAGGGCGAAGCCAUUAUCUCCAUCGCGACGAAUGAUAUUUUACUAAAUAACCGUUCACCACAACCGUCCGCUGGAUAUGCAUGGUCUGAUGAUGUCGACGAGGAAACAUCCGCCAAAGAAUGGGCCUUGCGGAUACUUGUGAACAGAGUACGUGCCAAGCAAAGCACAGAAGACGAACAGACUUUCCGUUCUUAUGCCGAACCCGUUUACAAAAUUCUCAAUACUCUCGUUGCCAACCACGGCGAAUUGUCUAAGAAACAAGAUUCGCCGGCAGCGCAAAAGUCAAGACUUCGACUACUCGCUGCAAAACUUAUCAUCAAGCUUAGUAGUGCCCACGCACUGUGCGAGAAACUGCUCACUCCGGCCGAUUUUAACGUGGUGGCCUUGGUGGCGCAGGAUGAAUCGGAACCCGUCAGGGCCGGCUUCAUUGGACAACUGAAGAGUAAACUUACGCAAGUGACGAACUUGGGUACAAGAUGGUAUACAGUCGCUUUUUUACUCGCCUUUGAGCCAAAUAGAAAUUUGAAGGAUAGUACACUUACCUGGCUGCGAUCGCGAACCAACUUCUUUACCCGCCCAUCGCAGAGCAACGACAGGGGGCCGGAGCAGCAGACGGUCAUGGAGUCAUUGGCUGCUCGCCUCCUUUCGCUCCUAGCAUAUCAUCCCGACUACCCUCCAGAAUCCUCUGACGAGGCUACGAAAGUAGACGAUCUAGCUGAUUUUGCCAGGUACAUACUUUUCUACCUUUCCGCAGUCGCCAACGAAAACAACCUCUCCCUCAUUUUCCACGUCAUGCAGCGAGUCAAACAGGUUCGAGAUGCCAUCACCAAUUCAGAAUCCAUAUCGAACCGCCUCUAUACCCUAUCAGACCUCGCCCAAGCAACCACCCGUCGCUUCGCAGAAUUAUAUUCCCAACAACACAAAAUUGGCGGCAGCGGAGGCAGCGGGGCAACUAACAUUCUCCAAACUUAUCCGGGCAAAAUGCGACUGCCCAGCUCGCUUUUCACAACCAUACCCAUCCACAUAGAAGCGUUGGCUAUCGCAGAGAAGAAUUAUCUGCCAGAAGAAGUCGACGACAAACUUGAUCGUAUUGUCCGGUCGUUCAUGAAGCCACGGAGCCAAUCGUACUCUCAGGCGCAGAAUCUCUCGAAGAAACGAAAGGUAUAUUCGUCGUCUACGGCUAAGGGUGACGGGAGCGCUAAUUCUACAAGCAAUUCGCAUAAAAAGGUUCGUAGAGCUAAUAAGAUCAAAUCUCUUACCAUUCGGAAGUAUGCAAUGGCGGAAUCAGGAGUGAAGACUGCCAAACGGAGGAAGACGGGUGAUGAAGAUGAUUGGGAUGGCGGGGGUGACAUUAGUGGCAGCAAAACGGGAGGCGAGACUUCGUUGAGCGCGCGUCGCAGGAGUGGUCGGGGGGCUAAGGCUGGUGUUUCCUAUGUUGAGGGGAAUAGUGAUGAGGAUGAUUUGGAGAUGAUGGAGGGAGAGGAGGAGGAAGAGGAAGAAAACGGCGAUGAAUCCGACGGGGAUGGGGAUGGGGGAAACCCAUCAUCUGAACCGGAAGACGUAGAAGAGGAUGAGGAAGGGGAUGUCAAAGAGGCUACCCCUGCCUCUACCCCUGACGUCAGUGACAGUGAUGACGAUGAUGGCGAUAACGAAGACAAAAUGAUGGAAGACGCGAAUAAAUCUUCACCCCUGUCCCCGUCAACAUCUAAGCAAACGUCCAAUAGGAAACAACAGGUUCCCAAGUCUUUGCCCUUUGCUAGUACGAGGGGCAGAGGCAGAGGUAGGGGCCGCCCUCCUGGCAAGAGACAGUCAAAUACCGCGGAGACGGGGAUGGAGUCACCAGAACAGGAGCAGAAACAAGCCAGUGCCGGCGCCACUGUCGGGCCAACGAGAAGAUCGAGCCGCAGAGCACGUUGA